GGCCUUGGCGCCCCCAUGCAGCUAAUAGCCUAUCCCUCCUCCUCCUCCUCCUCCUCCUCUUCUCCCUCCAUCGGCUGCAUGCAGGACCGGCCGUGCUGACGACCUAGCUAGUUUGAUGAUUAGAGACGACACACUAUCCUGUCGUCAUCAUCUUCUGCUACUGCUAGUAGUAGGAGGAGGAGGAGCGAUAGUACAACAAGUACUUGGACGACUGGGUGUACUAUACGUAGCUAGAUAUAUGUAGGGGGUGACCGGCGUCAAGCUCUUCCGACCGGCACUCGCUAAGAAGUAACAAGGGCGAUGGAGUACAUGGUGGCGCCGGUGCAGGGCCACGCCUACAACACUAGCGUUCCUGAUCAGCCUCGUCAUCCUCCGCCGGCGGCUCCGGUGUCGCAGAGGACGAGGGGCAGCGCCAUGAUGCAACAACACAGACGCCUGGCUCUUGAGCAGGAGGUAGCCGAGCUGAAGAAGCACUUGUCGGACGAGCAGACGGUCCAUGACAUCCUGGAGCGUGCGCUGCAGCCCAGCUCCGCCCGAUCCGUCGUCCUCAACAUCCCGGCCUUCAUCCCCAAGAAGGCCAAGGAACUGCUUGCAGAGCUGGUGCUGGUGGAAGAAGAGAUCGCGCGGCUCGAGAGCCAGAUCCACAAGAUGAAGGGAGGCCUAAGCGCCAUGCAACAAGAACGGGCAGCAAGCUACAGGUUGCAGCCGCAGUCGCAGGCCAGCAAUGGCAAUGGAACUAGUGCUGCUACCAACAAAGGCUCGCCUCGUCAGUCCUCCGACGAUGCCCAGCCCCAGCCGCGGGCGGUGGCGCCGGAGAUCAAGUCCAUGUUCUUCAUCAGCCAGGCCAUGGACGGGGAGUACCUCAAGCGCCACCUCUCAGGUGCCGACGACAAGGUCAAGAGCCGCAAAGAGAGGGGAGCCAUGAGCCCAAAGCACAACAUCUUCGGCUUGCCGCCCAGGAAUUCCCAUGACAAGGUGUUUCAUCAGUCGGACCGAACACCAAAUGCCUCAUCACAUGAUCUACCCAUAAUGAAAAGCCCCACAAAGAUGGACGACCACAAGAUCCAGCCGAACAAGCUGUCAGAGAGGAUCGUGAAAUGCCUUGUCUGCAUCUUCAUCAGGCUGCUCCGGUCAUCGCGUGUAGCCGAGCUGGAGAAAUCCGGCAACCUCGCAAGGUCCGGGAACCUGCAGGGGAGCUUCAGCUUCAGGAUCGACACCGGGCUGAGCCUGAGCGUGGCGGCGAAGGAGAAGGAGAGGGGGCAGCAGGACCACUACGGCAUCUUUGGAAUCCAGGACGCGAUCGUGAGAGACAUCGGGCCCUACAAGAAUCUCGUCAGGUUCACCUCGAGCUCGUUUGACCUCAGAGGCUUCUCCAGCUCUCCCCUGCUCACCAAGCUGAGGGAGAUGCUCGAGGCGCUACAGCAGGUGGAUUUGAGGUCCCUGAGCCACCAGCAGAAGCUAGCGUUCUGGCUCAACAUAUACAACACCUGUAUCAUGCACGGGAUCUUGCAGCAUGGUUUGCCCUCAAACUCCGAAAAGUUACUCGCACUGAAGAAUAAGGCAACAAUCAAUGUUUCAGGGCAAAAGUUGAACGCUUUGGUGAUUGAAAAUUUCAUCUUGAGGCAACCAUCAAGUGUGAAAGAAGAAUUCUGGAAAUGCGAUGUGGACGUUGAAGAACAGCAAGUGAGGGGCCUUUAUGGGCUCAACAGCUCGGAACCCAACAUUCUAUUUGCCCUGUGCUGUGGUAUCCGAUCAUCUCCAGCGCUACGGAUAUACAAAGCAGAUCGUGUCAUCACGGAUCUGGAGAAGGCAAAAUUGGAGUACCUGCAGGCUUCGCUGGUGGUGACCUCGACGAGGAGGCUCAUGAUCCCAAGCCUGAUACACUCAAACAUGCAUGACUUUGCAAAGGACAUGGAGUCGCUGGUUCGAUGGAUCUGCGAGCAGCUCCCGACAUCUUGGUCGCUGAGAAAAUCCAUGGUUGACUGCCUGAGGGGGCAGAUCCGUCACAAGAUGGAAGAGGUAGUGGAUGUGAUUCCGUUUGACUACGAGUUUCAGUACCUGCUGCCCAUGUGAACAAUUAUAUAUCUAUGCAUGCACCAUAUCUAAAUUAAGUGUUACAGAUAGUUGAUCAUGCAUGUUUAUAUAUCGUCUGACAAGGAAGAACAGUUCGAUGAAACACAUGUAAUUGUAUUUAUUUGACGGUCGGAGGUUUUUUGAAUCCUGUUUAUUUCUCUA